ACUAAAUCCUUUCAGCAAAAAUAUGGCAAUAUCGCAAAAUGAUCAAGUAUGACACAUAGAAUGGAUCUGCUAUCCCCGUUUAAAUAAAAACAAUUCAUUUCAGUAGGCCUUUAAGGUUAGAUUAAAGGGCUAAAAACUACCAAAGACUCCAAAGGGUUGGUGGUGCAAGCAAACAUUUGGGUAAAAAAAUGGUAUCAUCCUUACCUUUCCUCUCCUCGCUCCCAGCUCUGUACCAGCUUGCCAGCGUGUGCAGCGGAAUGUAGUUGGCUUCAAACUCACAGUUGGGGUUGAGGAGGAGGCCCCGGAGGCGGGCCCUGAGCCGAGGCUCGCGUCCCUUGAAUGGACCCAAGAAAAGGCGUCUGGAGUCGUAGUCGUUGGCGUGCAAGUUGUCCCAGAUGAGUGGAGGACGCUGGAGUACGGACUCCACCUCAGCCAGACAGUCCACAGACAGUUUUCUUGAGAUGACCUUACUUCCUGCAGAAACCCAGAGAGGAGGGUGAAAAAUAAAGGCGCUGGCAGCUCGUUAUAUGUGAACACUCUCACCUGUCCAUAUGACUGUGAUGUUAGGAAGCAGGUCCUCGCCAACGGUCUGCAGGUAUGGAGAUUUCAGCACACUGGGAGAACACAGAGAAGCGCAGUACUCUAAAAAAAAGGAGAGGAUACUCAGUCAUUAGUUUUCAUCCUCAAGUUGACAAGUAAAUGUUUGACACAGUUACGCACGGCACACACCUGUCGGGCAGAAGAGAAAGACAGGCGGCUCCCCCAGGAAGUGAUAAAUCUCAUUGGUUAUGGUGACCUGAGCGUGUGCAAAGGAAGAGAAGGCCUCACUGUCGGCCUGACACAAGGAGUGGUCGAUAUCAUCAAACAGGAUGGCAAACGCCCGGCAGCCCAGAUCAGACACCUGCAGGCCGGGAGAAGAAACCAACUGCUGGAGACAGAGCGUGCGACGGGGUCGGAUUAUUGGGGCGCCUCCUACUUGUCUCAGCUUGCGUUUAAGAAGUGUCAAGUCACAGGGGGAUGAGAAGACGAUGUCCUGGCCGGGAGAGAGGGCGUAAACAAACCCGAGGCCUCUCGACUGGGCCUCCGCAAUCAGAGUGCGCAGCUGACCUGAGAGGAGAGGCUUGGCAUGAAGGUGACAGAACACAAGGGUGAACGGGACACUUUUGUAGUACCUUCUUCCUCAGGUGAAUAGACUUCUCUCCACAGCAGCCUGUGUUUUAGGUCAUCUUUUGGGCCGUACAGGUAGGUAUUCAAACCCCAGUCCUGCAUCCUUUAGCAAAGAGAGCAAACUUAGCCCAGCGCUGUAUUGAUCUUGAGGAUAAUUUAGCGGAAAUGACCUCCUGAAUUAUACAUAUGAUGCGAGCAGUCAGCUGAUAUGAGGAAAGUGUUUACAUGAUCAACGUGUUUCCAUUUUAGGCUGCUUCCUGUGCAGAUGGCAUGAACAUCAACAAUGCUGCACACACACACUCACACACACACACACGCUGUGCAGCCAUGCCCACUCUGCCAAACUUAUGCAACACUGAACACUUGAGCUGUAAAAAAGUGGAUCUAUAAAUAACGACAGUGCCCACAUGCUGGGCUGCUGCUACGGCAACGUGGCGAAAACAUGCAUGCGAUCCAAAAUAUUUUUGAACUUUUGUGCAAACAUAUAUUUAGGAGUGUACUGGGGUGCUGCCUUUGUGAUUGUUUGUUUAAAUAUAGCAAAAAAUGGUGGCACACUUACCACUGGAAGAGAACUUUCCUCUGGUCCAUUGACCAUGGUCUCCCAUAGAAACCUAGAGAAAUAAAAUGAAAUGUAAUAAAUCAGGAUAGAUGCCAUUGAGGCCCUGCUAUUGUCUGCUAUUACAAUUACAGCAAUCCUAAAAGUGGUACAAGUCAAAGUUACCACCCCCUGUGGUGUUCACUGCAGCCCAUCUCUUUUCGUCUCGUGUUUGCCAGAGGCAGAAUUCAUUUUUACAUAGCGUUUGCUAUUAUUAGAAACGGAAGCAUCUCCAGGGUCCUUCUUCUUCCUUUGUGAUGUCUGAAUAUGUAUGUGAGCUGUACAUCAGAUGUAGUACUGCUAAUAUGACACCGCUCUGGUGCAGGCCUACAGGGAGUGCGGCCUUUUGAUGUGUGCAUCGCCAUCCUGUUCCCCCAACGAGACUAAUUGCCACGCAACACAGUAGAGGGUGUUACUAUAGGUAAUUAAACAUGACUCAGAGCCUUGCAUUCAAAGUUUGCAUUGAUUAUGGUGAGUAGUUUGGCAUUUUGCAUUCAGUCACCAUCUCCUCAUGCACUUAUGGCCACAACAUUAGGUACACCUGCAUCAAACUGAAAGCUCGUUCUGCAUUUCUAUCCACUAAAUGAGUUCACCGGAAAUAAAAAACAAAACAUGAAUUGUAAAGUUGUAAUUAUAGAUGGAUCUCAUGUGUACAUCAGCUUCCUUCCUUUCACCUGAGCAGGCUGGGAGUGAUGCCUUCAUGCAUGGCCGCUGCAGCCAACAAACUCAUUCACUUGAAAGGCUGCAAGGGAGCGAGCUACAUGCCCACAGAAAUGUAGGUCAAACGGAUGGAGAAGGCGGAGGGGGGUGGGGGGAGAAUGAGAAAGGGAGAAAAUGGCAUGAUGUGACAGGUGAGGGAUGCUCUUACCUUCCACCACCCCACAGAGAAAGUGCUUCUCCUCCUCCAUCCUGCCGCCCUUCCAGCGUCCAGUCGGCCGUAAAGCAACCAGGGAAGCUGCGAUGCUCUCCCGCCGUCUUUGGGGCUAAUUUGUGGCUGAAUGCUUCAUACUUCUUCUUCCUCUGCCUGCCUCCUCCUCCUCCUCUACUCCCCUCAUCCUCCUCUUCACUGUGCUGCUCUUACCACUGGGGCUCUCCGUGUUGCCUUUACGUGUACAACAAAAGCUAGUAUUUUCCAGUACCACGAUCUACUUGCUAUAUGCAUUUUCGAACGUAAGACAAACAAUGUUAUGAGUUUUUUGUAAAUCCAACUAGGCAAAUUACACUUUAUCUUACUGACUUUUUUUCCCAUUAAAAAAAAACUCUUUACCUUUUCAUUUAUUCACCUGACAUUUUGUUUUAUUCAUUUAUUCCGCCUAUCCGGGACAAACCCCUCCCCCAGAGGUGUGGCGUCAUUGCAAAAUUGGGUUGGGCAAUACUGCGAAUGUUCUGAUAGCGAAGAUAUCCAGGCCAAUAUCGCCAAUACCGAAACUUCUUUACGUGGUCAUUGUUCAGGACUAUUGAAUAACUUUAUUUUUUAGCUUAAUAUUAAAAUAAAAUAAAACACAAUAACGAUUUCCCAAAUAAAAAUAUUGUAAAUGAACAACCUGUAAAAAAAAUAAGACAUACAUACAACAAUAUAAGACAAUAUCAACAAAACAAUCACCUUUUUCAUUUUUGUACCAUACAGUUGUUGGAGGAAAAUAACCAAUAUCGCUAAAUCACAAAAAUCCCCCAUUGGGUCACAUUCAAAUAAUUUGGCUCAUUUAAAGCCCUCUGUAUCCAGGGUUUUUUAACGAAUAUAACUGUAAUAUACAUAUACAGUACAGUGCAUUUGAAUAACACAACAAAAAACAUGGAAAUUUACUGUAAAAUAUUGACCGUAUCACGCUAGUAUUGAUGAAUCGAUCCGAUACCAAUAUUACCUUUAGUGUCGAUAUGCUAUUUGAAAGUAUCUGCCCACGGUCUGUUAAAAUGUGCUUAAGUAGCUAAUUCUCCCUACAGUGUUUAGCAUAUGUUUACUGCUCGAAAAAGUGACGCUUUCUAUUCAACUUCAAGGUAGGAGCAAUGCAUUGAUUGAUUGAUUGAGACUUUAAUUAGUAGGUUGCACAGUGAAGUACAUAUUCCGUACAAUUGACCACUAAAUGGUAAUACCCGAAUACGUUUUUCAACUUGUUUAAGUCGGGGUCCACUUAAAUUGAUUCAUGAUACAGAUAUAUACAAUCAGAUACUAUCAUCAUAAUACAGUAGACUAUGUCAACUCUCCUUCGAUCAUUUCUAUGACUUAAAUCAGUGUAAUGUCCGUCAUCUUUGCUCAGGAAGGUAAAUGCUUCAAGUGCAAUGGAAGCUGUGGCCAGGGGCGUCGAAGUGGAAGGGUAAGUGGGGAUGUUGUACACGGGCCGCAACGUGGGCCCCUGAGCUUCUGUAAAGUUUGAAUAUAUUUUUAAUGUUAUUUAGAUAUGAAAUAAAUAUUAAUAUAAAACAAACAUAGCUAUGAAAAUUCAAUAAGGUUGUUUGAAUCUAUGACGUUUAACUGCCUACACCCCCUAUCAAACAUGCAAAAUGGUUCGUCAUCAUCUAGCUCAGGGAUUCUCAAACUGUGGUACGGUACAUGGGCUCUAUCUAGCGGUACGCCAAAGAAUCACUUGAUUAAAGUACAUUUUUUUAUUAUCCUAUAUUUAUACACACUGUUACUGUUCAAACUGCCUUAUGUUAUAGAGGCCCAAAAAAUUAAAUAUAAUUCAUAAAUAACAUUUCUGCCUAGUUUUAAAUGAAUAUUUAGGCCUACAACACUACUGCAUUUUAACGUUGGUCAUUAUUAUGGUACUUGGAGAGCCAAGUUUUUUCUGAGGUGGUAUUUGGUGAAAAGGGUUUAAGAACCACUGAUCUCGCCCAUGGGUGUUACCGGUAUAGUGCUGACUUUGACAAUGUCACAAAUAUGUAUGAAUUGACUGAUUGAUUGGACAAUCCCUACUAACAAAGUGUUACAAAACUAAACAUAAUUAGCCUUUGUCUGAUUAAGGCCUUACAAAAAGUUUCAUUUGCACAAUUAUUUUACAUUCUUGGAUGUGUCCUUAUCUUUUAUAUGAGAUGGUCGGUUAUCAGACAUCCUCUUUCACACAUUAACCUGUCACAGCUUUCACCACAGACCUGAGACGUGCAUUCCACUACAGAAAAAGCUCUACUCGCCCACCGCUAAACUGACCUUAAAGCUCGCUUUGGCGCGCACAAGUGGGCAGUGUAAUCAGAUUAGUGCGCAGGCAGGAUUACCCGUGCAAGCAGAUGGAACACUGAGGCGGUCUUCAGGUUUACUUUGAGCCAAAGUGCACACACAGGCAGAGGCUCAAGAGGAGGACAGGAUGAAGAUGGAUUAAACCCCAUGUUGUUCAAGCAGAUAUAAAAGAAGACACAGCACAGGAAUUGCUGGAAAACCAGGGUGCUUUGAUUGAUUGUGUGAAGGUGUGAUGUCUCCCGUGGUGGACGAGACAGCGGGGGACCUCCCAGUUCACGAUGUGGGGCUGAUGAGGGGAGGACUCAUGCCGACUGUUCCAGCAGAUGCCACACGUGAUGUGAAGCCGUGGAAGAAGCAUCACAUCAUGAUGACCAAAGAUCCUCAGCGGCUCUUUCGUUUCCCCAGGGAGCAACUGGAGGACCUUUGCCUUCACCUGCAAGAAGAGAACACUGUGUUAAGAAUGCACUCACGAGCACAAGAGCAAAAGAUGCGCAGGAUGUCCACCAGACUGAUUCGUCUCCGUCAGGCCAGUCCCGGUGCCAAAGAGAGGGACAUGGAGGACUCAUUGCAAGAGCUGGAAGCUCGUGUGGCCACGUUGGAGAGCCAGAAGGUUGUCUUACAGAACAAACUCAGCCUGGCCAAGCAGCAUAUUCUGGACUUGGGGGGGCGUACACCUUACAAGUUCAUUAAAGGUAAAUGUGCAGAAGUUGAUGGCGGAGUCAGGAGGGCUGCGCAGACGGCCCCACCCCGCUACGGCCCAACAACAGAGGACACCAGGGGACAGAUGGAGAAAUUCUGUGUGAGCGAGCAGAUGAGGGUGACGGAGCUCCAACUGGCCCUCCGAGACACACUACAAGAUAAAGAGCGAGAGAUGGAGGGCACCAUUAGAGAGAUGAAGAAGCAACAGGCUGAAAGACACAAAGCAACCAUCAGAGAAAACUUGGAUGUGAUCCGUCUCCAAAAGAAGCUUUCCGAGAAGAGCACGGCCCUGCGGGUAACCCAGCAGAAGAUCACUGACCUGCAACAGGCCUAUGAGAAGCAGCUGGAGGAGACUCAGACGUCACUGACGGAAAGCCAGACUGUCCUCCUAGAGAAGGUGGAGGAGCUGAGUGAGAAGCUGAAGCAGGAGAGGCAGAGAGUGCUGACCCUGGAUGGUCAACUCACAACUGCCAGCUUGUCUCUGCAGAACCUGGAAAAGCUACAAGAGCGUAUAAGUGACCUGGAGGGAGAGAGGGAUCGGAUAAAAGAAAGCUAUGACUCGCUACUUGAGAGUACUUUAUCUACUUACAACGACACUGUGGAAGAACACAAGGUGGUGUACAAGGAAAGGGACGCACCAGAAGACACCGUUUCCACAAUAGAUGCAAAUAUCCUGGAGAAAGCGCUGCAGGCGGAGCGGGAGGAAAGAGGCAGGCUGGAAUCGGAGAAGGAGAAGCUCAGACAAGAGAAGGAGAUAAUGGAGGAGCAGAGGGAGCAAGAAGGAGCCAAACUAAAAUAUCUGGAAGAGAAGAUACUCGAGUACAACGAUCAGAUUUCUGUCCUACAGCGCAGACUAGACUCUGUCACCAAGGAGUUUGACAUGAGUGACGAAGAGCUCAGCGAAACACUUUUUCAGAUUAAGGCGUUCCGUAUGCAACAGGAGAGCAGAGAGGGUUUAUGUCUCCCCGGGACUGAUCGAGAGGAAGAGCUUGUCAACAAUCAGGCCUUACACGCCGAGACCGUGCUUGAAUUACAGAAAACCAGGAGCCUCCUUUUGCUAGAGCAUCGCAUCAGUAAAGACCUUCAGGAGGAGUUGGACACAACCAAAACAAGGUUGGAGAGUGAAAGGGAGGCGAUGAGGAUGAGGAUGGCGGAGAAAGACAAACUGUUAUGCAAAAGAGCUCUCCAGAUCAAUGCUUUACAAGACCAGCUGAAAACCUUUGCGUACAACACAAAGAGCCACAAACGGACCAUACCGAUACAGUACACAUGGCCAACAGGAGAAAAACAAGCAGUCUCGCCUGAAGAUUAUAUUUCUUAUUCUCCAUUGAGGUCUGGAGAGUCCCUCUUAGAAGUUCACAUCAAGGAUGCCACCUUCACUCCAAGUGGGCUUCGGAAUAUGAGCAGCAUUGAUCCAGACCAAGGUGAAGACACGGUGACCUUCUGUACAUACAGCCUUUUGGACUUUGAAGUCCACUCCACACCUUUGGUGGCGGGAAGCAAACCCAACUACAGCUUCACCUCCCACUAUGCUCUGACUGCCUGUGAUCUGGAAAGGCUAGAGGUACAGGGGUGGAAGGUCAAAGUGGAGCUCCACCAGGCAGUAGGAGGGGUCCGCUUUCUAACGCACGGGAGUGGACAGGUGUCCCUGUUGGCUGCCGUGGAGAGGAGAGGGGAACAUAUUAAUGGACGUGUGCACAUCACAGGUUCUGUGAGGGAAAUAGUCGGUGUUGUGGAUUUCUGGGUCCGCCUAUUCCCACCUACAGAGCCCAUGGAUGCAGUGGUGUCGGGAGGCAAUGACAGGACCACAGCAACAAAGAAAAUGCCGGCUCAAAUCUCUCUUGGCUGGCAAACUGCCGGCCAUGCGCAGGAGUUGUACGAUUUUGGUGGAGGUAUUCCCAACGAGUUGAUGUUGCUGCUGGAGCGCUGUGAGGGUCUAAAAGGGCGCUGGCCUGGACUACUUCCUGAUGCCUACCUGACCUACAGAUUCUACGACCUGCAGCCCCAUGUGUCCCAAACUGUCCGGGGUAAUGUCAACCAAGUUUUCCACGACAUCACCAGCUACCCGCUUGCAAUCACAACUGAUGUGUUGCACUACUUGAGGUCAAGCAGCCUUUGGGUCUAUGUGUUUGAUGAUAGCGAUGACCAGAUACCACCAGUCUACUUGGCUAAAACACCCAUCCCACUGAGAGCGCUGGCAACUGGCAGGGAGAUCCAAGGUGAUUAUGUUCUGCGUGAUCCAGCUGGUGGCCCACGGGGGACUGUCAGGGUGUUGAUUAAAUGGAAGUACCCCUUUCAACCACCAGUAGAUGUGAUGGAAAGCAGCAUGAGAAACCAAGGAUUAGCAGAAGACUCACAAAGACCGAUAGCUAAGCCCAGAGUCAAGACAAAGCACCUUGAGUCAGGAGAAACCAAAGCAAAGAUGAGGAAGAUGAGAGCUUACCCUUCACUUGACAACAUACAACCAAGCCAGACCAAGAGGUCCAACAAAAAGUCUCCUGCUCAUCAUGACGAGGAACCCCCCACUGUGCUCUCUCAUUCGCCAAUCACAAAAUCUUCCAGACGUGCCACGUCACUGAGAAGACACUCUGUUGGUGAUCCUGCUACUCAGAACAUUUCCUCUGUGGAUCUGGUGUCAGUGGAUAAAGAGCAGGAAAAGGAGGAAAGGAGCGAGAGUGCUGUUGAAGAACCCUCAGAGUCCUCUGAGACCUUAACAAGCGACCUCAUUGUUUCAUCAAAACAAGAGAGAAGAAAGGGUGACAAGCUAAGAGUGGAGAUCUUUUCGUUGACUUUCGAACCGUCCUCUCAAGUGGCGCUGGACGAUUCAGUGCAGCGUGUCUACGUGGAAUACCGGCUGCUGGGUAUUCCCAUGGAAACAACGGAGACGCCCGUGUCCCUCCGCAAGCCCACAGGGGGGGAGGAGAUUCACUACAACUUCACACGAGUCAUCUAUGUGGAUGGUUCACUGUCAGCGCCACUCAGACAGUAUCUUUACACCAUGUUGGAGGGCAGUGACCCCAACAAGGGCAGGUUAAAGUUCACAGUCGUCAGUGAGCCAAUGGAUGGCAAUGAGGAGUGCUGGGAUGUCGGAUGCUCCUUCUUGGACCUGCAAGAGCUGCUGCUGACAGGGAACGACGUCAUUGAACGGCAAAUUGACAUUGUGCGAGUAGAUGACGAAAAGGAGGUGAUAGGAUUCCUCAAAGUGUCUCUGGAGGCAGCAAAAGCCCUGACUGGAAUUUACCAAGAGUUUCACCGGCCAAUGGAUGCUGAGGAUAACAGCGAUAAAGAAACCCAGCAAGAAGAAGAGGCGCAGCAGCAGAUGGAAAAAGAUGCAAUUAUUGUGAUAGACUACAAUGACAGCGACUUCUAAUUACACUUAAAGCCUACUCACAAAAAGGAAUAUUCAUUCGGCUUUUGGAUAAUAUUUUACCUUUACAGGUGAACCUAAUUUGACCUUCACCAAUUUUUUAAAUUAUCCAACUGUUAAAAGUUUGUCUACUUUCUGCAUAACUUGCUGUUCUCUAACAAGUCGCUGAACAGGUGUGUGAUCGAUACAUAAGCCAAUAAAUGUUCGGCUUCAAUUAGAAUAGAUAUUUAAAUAGUCUUCUUCAUCACGCUAUUAACCUUUUGACUUCAUGAAACCAACACCUAACACUUAAUCAACAGUAGCUCGCCAUUGUGAGGCUUCAAACAAGAUGUUCUCAGAGGGAAGUGGCCACUGAGCUUCAGAGUCAGCAGCAGGUUACAGAUACAGAGGGACUGGAAGAGUCACUGAUAAUUACAGGUGAGCGUGUCGUUCUAAAUAUUGAUAGUAUCGAUCCCAAGGUGGGUGUCGGUAUCGGAUCAAUACUUUUGUUGCAGUUUCUCGUCUGUGAAUCCAGCAAAUUAUUGGCUUUUCCUGAGAGUUCUUUCGAGCGCAGCAUGUCUUAUAGUCUCGAAAUAAUAAUAAUGAAUUAUAUUUGUAACACACUUUACAUUUGUUAAAAUCUCAAAGUGCUACAAAAUAUUUAUUAAAAAAAAGUUAGAAUAUAUAAUAGAAAAUUAAAAUAGAAAUAAAAACAUGAAAAACACUAGAUAAGCACUACAUAAAAUAUAGCAACAUAGAUAAAAUAGAACAAAACAUGAAAGCACUGGAUAAAACAGAUAGGCAAGCAGUGCAUUUAAAAACAAAAAAGCAAAUAAAUUAGAUAAAAGCUGUGCUAAAAAAGUGGGUUUUUAGUCCCUUCUUAAAGUGGUCGACCGACUGUGGUGCUCUAAGAUGGUCGGGGAGAGCGUUGCAGAGUUCGGGUGCGGUCGAGCAGAAAGCCCAGCGGCCCAUUGUUUGUAGGUUUGUCCUAAAGGGUUUGAGGAGGUUGGUGUUUGAGGAGCGGAGGUUGCGGGUGGGAGGUUGAGGGGAAACUUAAGUCCUUGAGGUAGGAGGGGGCGUUGCCGUAGAUGCAUUGAUGUGUUAGCAGGUUAAUCUUGAAAUCGGUCAGGGAUGCAAUAGGGAGCCAGUGGAGUGAUUUCAGGAUGGGUGUGAUAUGAUCCCGCUUGCGCACUCUCAUCAGGAUCCUCGCUGCGCUGUUUUGGAUGUACUGGAGCUUUUUUAUGCUCUUUUUGGGGACCCUGACAAGAAGUGCGUUGCAGUAAUCAGUGCAAACAGUGCACCUCUUUCUUUUUCUACUGCUCACUCAGGUACACUUUGCCAUCCCUACUCCCUGCUACUACUGACUUAAUUAUUCACAAAUAUCUGCCUGCAAUAGAAGUUAUGUACGGUGUUGACAUUUUUGUAUUACAUUUUUUUUACAUGUUUGCAUUUUUCUUUAUUUGCACGAGUAGAUUUUUUCUUAAAUAAUUGUAUGAAAUUGAAAGUAAUGUAAUUAUUUUAUAUAUUUGUUUUUUUCCAUAUGUAGUAUUGUAUAGUUGCAUUUUAGCACAUUUUUAUUUUAAUAAAAUAAUUAUCUUGUAGUACCACAGUCACAAUCAACUAAUUAGUUGCAAAUUUGCAAAUGCAUUCAAUGUUUGAUAACUAAAGUCAAAGUAUCGUUAUCAAUAACGGCAAUUCUAGCCCUUUUUUAAUCGGAUCAAUAGCAUAAUUCCUAGUAUUGCCCAGCUCUAAUUAACUGAAAAGGUAUGUGAAACUAUUUUCACAAAGGUUUCUUCAGUUGCACAAUUCAGCUCCUGGUGGGAAAACAGUAAGUUGUGCAUAAAGUAUUGAAACAUUGAACAGUGGGACAUGAUCAUUCAAAAGUUGGAUAAGGUCAAAUUAUAUUAACCAUUAACACGCGAAGUCCCAGAGAAGGGUCAAUUGACAUUUUUACCUAGAAAACACACAAGAGGGUCAUUUGACCCCUAGUCCCCCCUGUGGACACUCCUUUUGUUAUGAAAAUGUGGCUGUUAGUGGCACACGGCAGGGGGCCACUUGAGCCUGUGUGGGGGAGGGGACCUUACAGCUCAAGCUUUAGUUCUGAGGUAGGUUGUGUGUGUUUUUGCAAGGAUCAACAGAAUGAAGGGAUCAACACUCUGACAUUUAUUGUUAAAAAAAAUACAAAACAAAACAUAUUUACAAAGAAUGAAAAAGCAACUGUUUUCCCAGUUUUGGUGUGGAGGGUUGUUGCAGAAGCAAUUGUUAUUUUUGUGUGCCAAAAAUAGUUUUAAAAAAAAAAUUUACAAAGAAAAAAGCAUAUUUACAAAGAAUGAAAAACCAUGUCCAUGUAAACGUGACUGACAUACAUUUGAGCAGUCACUCACAAUCCUGGCACUGCCAUUGCUCCUUUCGGCAUUUCCCACAUGUAUAAUUUUUCUGUCUACCUAGACAAACUGCCCCUAACAGCCUCAUUACCAUAACAAAAUGAGUGAUUAGUGUAUUCGGGAAAAGCGUCGGGCCAAAUGACCCCUCUCUGGGUCUUCUAGGUAGACAGAAAAAUGCUGGGACUUCUAGUGUUAAAGGUCAUAGUGCAUUUGUUAUGUUCCACAUAGUGGUGGUUUGUUUGUGUUUCUUCCCCUAUUGUUUCUACAGGUGACACUCAUUCACUGCCUCUGCUGCCAAUCAACCGGUUCCUGUUCCCAGCUGCUCCUCAUUUCACUCGCCUGUUAAUCAGCCAGCCAAUCCCAGUCCACCAUUCAUCCUCCCAACCUGUUUAAAAUCACCUGCUCACCACUGGAUCAGGUGGAUUAUUUUUCUGACAUGCUGUGUGGAGCUUUGAUAGAUGCCACGUUGUUUUGUAAUCAUUUUUGUUAAACUCUUUGCUUAACUUGUGCCACCUGUUUUUUUGUCUUCAUUUUGUUUUACCCUUCUAGUUUUGUAAGUAUCUGCAGCCUAGUCUUGGGAAAGGUUAGAUAGUAGUGAUGGGUUGAUGAGGCCUCAUGAAGCGUUUCGACACAUUGCAAAACUGUAUUGAUACUGUGUCGAUACUGUGUCACUAAAUACUGCCAUCUGCUGGACAUUAAAAAUCCCUACAGGCAACCUAUGGACCGACUCAACUGACACUGAUAUUAUGACCUAGUAUAUACAAUAAUAUAAACCAAGUCAUUGUAUUUCAUUUAGGAUUA